AUGUUAUUAAUUUCUUUAGCAAGAAGAGCUUUUCAAAUUCGAACUCAAAUUCGUUUUUCAUCAUCGUCGAUUGAUAUUGCGGAUUUCAUUCGCGGAAUGUCACAAACGAAGAAACUCAAAAGUGAUUCCACAUCUUCCGUGACGAACAAACCACGACACGUUCGAAUGAAAGAACGCGGUCGAGAUCCAGGUUUAACAUCUCGAAUAAAUCUCCAAGUAAUUUCCAACGGUUACGCUGGCACUAGCAAAUCAUUGGUGCUGAACAAUGAUCAAACCAAUUAUUUGUUCAAUUGUGGUGAAGGCACACAGCGGACAUUACAAGAAAAGAAUACGAUUUGGGAAAUUAAGUUCUCCAAAACAAAACAUUUGUUUAUGACGCAAAAAUCUUGGGAUACAAUGGGUGGAAUAUUAGGUCUAUGCAUUAGUUUGAAAGAAGCAUAUCUGAAUGAGAUCACGUUUCAUGCACCAUGCGAUGUCAUUGAUCUUUUGAAACAUUGGAAAGGUUUAGAAGCAUUUUCAAAUAUUAACCUUGGUAAUGAUUUCGAUUCUGAAAACAACUCAUUCGUUGGAUUGAUUAUUUAUUUAGAACAACAUGAUUAUGACAAAGGUGAAUUUCAAGACGACUGUUUCAAAAUCAAAGCAAUUCCACUACGAGCAAAUAACUUAAUUUUGAGUCCUAAUUCGAAAAGACAAUGUGCAUCAGCAUCGAAUGAUUUAUCUCAAAUGAAGAAAUAUCCCGAUGAUCUCGUCUACGCUUAUCUAUGCGAAACACAUCCAUUUCCUGGUAGUUUAUCGGCUGAAUUAUGUGCUUUUCAUCGUGUACCACCGAAUGAACUUCGAUCUCGGUUGAAGAAUGGUGAAGAUGUGACAUUGCCCGAUGGACGACUUAUUCGUUCAAAAGACGUGACUCUGCCUGGUGAACCACCUGUGAAAGUUUUAAUAUUGGAUUGUCCAUCGUUGGCUUAUCUUGAUUCAAUUAAAAGCAAUGAACUAAACUCCCAUUCGUAUCAUACAAUUGUUCAUCUUGCACCGAGUUCAAUCCUGAAUAAUGAAACAUAUCGCUCGUGGAUGAAAAGUAUGAAUACAACACAUCAUCUCCUAUUGGACGAAACACAAGUAAAUGUGCACAUGGAAGCCAUUUAUCGUUACCAAACUCAAUUGAACUAUAUCGAUGACGGAAUUUUCCCUCUACUUAGCUAUCACAACACUUUGACAGAUUUGAAAAUUCCAGAACCAGUAGAUAAUAUCACUUAUGGAUUAACUAGUAGUCGUAUACCUAUUCGUCCAAUGCUGGCGCCAGAUAAUUCAAAGGUGGUCGCAAUACAACCACAAAGUUACAUUGAUCUUCUUCUUGCCAAUGAAGAAUUCAAGCAGACGUUCACAGCUGCUAAACAACAAUUGCAAGCCAUGCAUGAAAUUGCAAAAACAGGACAUUCGUAUCCGGAAAUCAUUUUUCUCGGCACUGGUUCUGCCUGUCCAAGUAAACCACGAAAUACCAGUGGUAUUUUGAUUCAUGUCAAUGAUACAACUAUUUUUCUUCUUGAAUGUGCAGAAGGCACGACUGGUCAGAUUCGUCACUUCUAUGGUGAUCAAUCCGAUGACGUUCUCUUUCGUAUUCGUUUUGUAUACAUCUCACACAUGCACGCCGAUCAUCUCGGUGGUUUGUUCGGUUUGAUUCGUCAACGUCGACGUGCUUUUGAAAAAUUGGGUCAUCAAUAUGAAAAACUCAUCUUACUCUGUCCGAACAAAUAUGUUGAUGUCGGACGGAAACAGUGGGGCUUCUUUUCGUGUGAAUAUUCGUUUGAUGAUGAUGUACACAUCAUUUUCAAUCGAUCGUUAACCAACGGUUUACCUUCCAUGACUAAUGUUGGCGGAGAAAAUACCGAAGAAGAAAAGUUUCUCUUCGAAAAGUUCAAAACCAUUGGAAUACAUGGUGUACAAACAGUUUUAGUCGAGCACAUCUAUGAUGCACAUGCUCUAGUAUUAAGACACAUUGAUGGAUGGUCAUUGGCUUUUAGCGGUGAUUGCAAACAAUCAAGUGAUUUCAUUCAAGCUGGUCAAAAUGUUGAUUUGUUGAUUCAUGAAUCGACGUAUGAAACUGGUUUGGAAGUUUAUGCAUCCCAAAUGCGUCAUUGCACAAUGGCCCAAGCCAUUGAUGUAGGUCGUCGAAUGAAUGCAAAAUACACAAUAUUGUGGCAUUUUUCUCAACGCUACGCAAAAAUUCCAUUCCUUUCGGAAAGAGCUGAUGAGGACGAUGCUGAACAAAAAGAGAAAAAACAAGCAACACGACCAGAGAAUGUUUGUAUCUCCUUUGACUUCAUGCGUGUUCAUUUAUCAGAUUUGCCACGAGCGUGUGAACUCGUUCCGAUAUUUGAAAGUAUGUUCUAUGAAGAAUGGUUAACGCUAAAAAAACGACAAACAAGACGAGAACAAGAGCCGGAUUACUUCGCUAAAAAUACUCGAAUGAUCGAAUCAAAGCGAAAACACAUGGGUGGUAAAUCAUCAUCAUCAUCGCCGGAGAGUAAAGUCAACCGCCAAAGCUCAUCGUCGCGCCAAUGA